CACAAGUUGCAGCAACGAAGAUGUAUAAGAACCAGCUGCAAGAGCUGGCGCAACGAAGCUGCUUCAACCUCCCUUCCUACACUUCCAUUCGAGAAGGUCCGGACCACGCGCCGAGAUUCAAGGCCGUCGUUAACUUUAACGGCGAGAUGUUUGAUAGUCCCAACUACUGUUCUACUCUCCGUCAGGCUGAGCACGCGGCUGCGGAGGUGGCGCUUAGUUCUCUCUCCACGCGCGGGCCGUCGCCGUCACUCGCCGCCAGGAUUCUAGAUGAAACUGGAGUUUACAAGAAUCUCUUACAGGAGAUUGCACAAAGAGUUGGUGCCCCAUUGCCACAGUACAGAACUUUCAGAUUAGGAAUGGGACACUAACCUGUCUUCACAGGAAUUGUUGAACUUGCUGAUAUUUUGUUUCAUGGAGAACCCGCAAAGAACAAGAAGCAGGCGGAAAAAAAUGCAGCUUUGGCAGCUUGGUCGUCUCUAAAACAAUUGGCAAAACAGGAUGCUACUCUAUCAUCUGAAUCAGAAAAUAGUGACGAGCAGGAACAGAUCAGAAUAUCUCGUGCAUUGCUAAAUUAUAAAUUAAAAGAAAAUAUGGGCACUACAAGCUCUACUGGAGUACCUGUUCCAUUUCAAAAGAAAUUUCCAGUUCUUUACCCUAGGGCUUCAAGUCCACAUCCUCCAUCAUCAGCGACCACAUCAAGAAUAUUGAGUUUAAUCGGCCAGAAGACAAUUCCCCAAAACAGACCCGCUUCUUCAGCAUCUGUAGACUGUCACUCACAACAAUCCCAGCGUCAAUCUCCAGAAAUCCAUGCCAGCUCUCAGAUUUUUCGUAGUGCAGGUGCAGCCCCUUAUGUUCCGUACAGACAGUUCAGGACACCAUAUCAUGGUAUGGCUCAACCAGUUAUAAUGAGAACAGCAGUGCCUGCUUAUGCUUCCCCGCCGCUUCCAACCCCCCUAGUGCAUCCACCCCAUAUGAUACAGCCCCGAGGCAUGCAAAUCGCUCCACCAGUCCACAUAAGGCAGUCUGUGGUGGCAUUUGCUGCUCCACCAGUGGGGAAAGUAGAUCAUCAAAUUGUUGCUGCUCCAGCCCUGCCAAACCACUCAAAGUCUCGCGUUGAGGAGAUGGAAAGUGUAGCUGAAAAUCGUGUUAAAGAAUCCAAUGUCACGAAGAACUUGGAACGGCUGCAAAUUUAA